AUGACUGACCGUGUGUCGGCUCCAACAAUAGUGACUUCAUACAGUAUCACGAAAGACACACAAGUUCAUGUCUUGCUUAGUGAUGAAAUAACACAAAUUCUCUUUUGGGUUCUCUUUGUCAUUGUAUGUCAAGCCAUUACUGUGUUUGGUAUCUGUGGCAAUAUUAUCAACAUCAUAUGUUUUAUUAAGCAAGGUUUCAAAGACCCCGUUAAUGUCAGUUUGUUAGGUAUGU